CGCAGAAGCUGCCGGUGGUGGUACAACUUCUUCUAGCAGUACAGUCCACACAUCAUCCACGUCUGCAAGAACUAAGUGGGUAGCAAAAGAACCCUUCAGUGGUCCAGGAGGCGGGGGCCCUGAUUCAAAUCGAGCUACUGCAAAUAGGACUAGUACAAGUUCUUUCAUGACUGGUAAUGCGAGUGGUGGUGGUGGUCUUGGAGUAAACAACUAUGUUGCUCCUGCUGGUUCAUCCAGUGGAACUGGAGCCUCUACCUCAGGCACAGCGGUCCGUUCCCAUUCUGUUGACGCUACAACUAUUUCUUCGACCACGUCUGCGCAUCAUCAUGGAAGCAGUGCUGCCGGAGCAAACAAUGAAAAUCAAAAUCAUCCGUCUAGUAGUUCAUCUUCAUCUAGUAGAAAUAGAGACCGUGGGGGAGGGAGUAAGAGAAGCACAACCUCCUCGACGUAUUCUACAAGUGCGAAAGACUGGACGACGUCCAGGGCAUCUAGAUCUUCACGUCGUGCUGGUAGAAGAAAUCAUCUCGAAGUCGAAGAACAAGACGAAGUGGAAGAACAAGCAGUUGCAAACCGAGAGCAGCAGCAUGCUCCUGCCGGAGGGGCUGCAAAUGGCGGUCCGCUGAUGAGGCACUCUCAAUCAUUGAACGGCUACGAUUUUCAAUAUGUAUCUUCGACUUCUGGAGAUAGAGGUGAUCAUCAAGUCGCCUCUAGCAAAGCAAGGAGCAUAGCCGCGAAUGUGCACAACGCAGAGCGUGGUCCUCAUGGUUCUGGACGCCUCUUUUCUGGAGAUCGAGAUGGAGCCUCCCCAACAACUUCUAUCUACGAUCGUCGCAGUUCUCAAGCUACUGAACACGACGAGGUACUAGAGCAUAGAAGAGGAGCAACGUCGUCAUCCUCGAGAACCGCAGGAGAGCAACAAAGGCGGCAAGAGGUGGAGGAUCCUAGAGGUGGAGGUGCAGCUGCAACUGGAAGUAGACAGCAGUAUAGCAGUAGUAGCACGACAAGAGCAUCAAGAGGAGGGCGUGGAGGGGGAGGUCAAGGAGACGAGUUUGCUCGACGCACUAUGGAUCACCACUAUGAUGGAGGAAAUUCGCAUCAUGUUGAUGACCAGUAUCACUAUCGCCGCGAGACGAAAUCUAGUAGAGCGAGUACGGCAACUGCUUCCACGACGAGAGGAGGAGGGCAUCAACGUGAACUAGACGAGAGGAGGAGGCGACGCGGUCGUGCUCCUAUAGGGAUAGAAGAGAAUGAUGAAGAUGCUGGUCAUCAAGAAGGAGAAGUAGAUAAUCAUCACUACGGUCACGGGGAAUCGUCCAGUGUAACUGACCCAGGCGGCGGGGGCGAAGGGCACCGAAGCGAUACACCUGCCUUUGGUCGUGCGCGUAGUGAGGUGGUUUUGUCUGGCGCAACGGAGGCGAGUUCGUCAUCUCAUCAUGUUAGAGGUGCAGCAUCAUCUUCUUCAGGCAGCAAGCAGCUGAAUGCAAAGAAAGGGCCGUUGACGAACGGGUUGGCGUCGUCUGGUGUAACUUCUAGCGCUGGAAUGGCC